AUGGCUGUUGAAAAGAAAAAGAAGCAUAAAAGGAAAGAGUUAUACCUAGGGAAAAAUCCUUCAGAAUUUGCGGGGAAGUCAUACCUCCAUAAUAUGGCAAGUCAUCUUAUGAAACCUGACACUAGAAGUUGUAAGAGACCAAGAGAGUUGGAGGUUCAAUUGCCAGGUAGUCCACAGCUGUUCGCUCUUGGAAAAUCAGAUUCAGCUGUCUCUGAAAAUUCUGGACUAUUUUAUAAAAAUGAAAACCCGGAGAAAGAUUUAAAUGAUAUGAUCAAGGAAGUUAAUAUGAUGUUGUCUACAUACGCAAAGAUCUUAAGUGAGAGAGCAGCAGUAGAUGCAUCUUACAUUGAUGAGCUAGAUGAACUCUUCAAAGAAGCCAGUACUAUUGAAAACUUUCUUAUACAGAAGAGAGAGUUCCUGAGACAGAGGUUUAUGGUGAUUGCAAACACACUGCACAGAUAAAAUUGACUACUUAAGCUGAGAAUUUAAGCUAUGUAUUCCAUUAUUAUUGUAAUGAAAAAAUGAUAUUUAGGCUCUGAAAGUUCUCUAG